UGCAGUAAGUGUCCAACUUUGUGCUGGAUCCUAAUUCCGAUAGUUGGGAGAAAAUGGAGUCUCAUCUCAUUCAAGUCCGCCUGUACUUCAAAUAAAUACUAACCAGACUUCUUACACCAAGAAACGUUACUGAACAACAGCCGGUUUGGCAUUAAGGCACAGAUGAAAUCCAAAAUGGAGUGGGGCAGGCAUGACUACGUGUGUCUUCAAGUGAAGAGGAAGGAGCAGGAAUUUGGCCCCUAAAAAGCAUGAAAUGCGAGUAGGAUUACAAUCAGCUGGACCCAACCACAGCAAAGACACGAGUAGCAGGACUUCUGUCUCUCCAAAUAUCUCUUCGCCCCUGUGGAGUGUUACCUACAGUGUCCAAGGAGUUCUGGCACCUGGUGGGAGAGAGCGGGACAAUUGUGGACAGUCUGUGUGUGCGUGUGCGUGUGUGUGCGUGCGUGUGUGCGCGUGUCUGUGUGUCUGUGUGUGAGUGUGUGUGUUAGUAUGUUUGCUGUGCUGCGUAUUAGGGUAUAAGUGUGUGUGUGUAUGGCUGUGUGUAUUAGCGUGUUUGUGGUGGCGUGCAUUCGUUUUUAGGUGUGUGUGUGUGUGUGUGUGUGUGUGUGUGUGUGUGUGUGUGAGCAUUAGUUUUUAGGUGUGUGUGUGUGUGUGCAUGUGUGUGAGCAUUAGUUUUUGAUAGCACCCAGGAGGAAGGGGACCUGGUCCAGCCAUGAGACCAAAGACCUUCCCUGCCGCCCCCUACGUGGGGAACACCCGCCAGCGGCUGCAGGAGAUCAAAGAGGGGCUGAAGCAGCCGGCCAAGCUGGUGAGCCAGGCCCUGCACGGCGGUCCGCGGGCGGAGGGGGGGCGCGGCGGGGACCCCAAGGGCAAGGACCCCGCCGGCCGGCAGCAGCAGCUGCGGCCGCCGCAGAAGUUCAACAACUACCAGAACGCCCUGCGCGAGAUUCGCAAGUCCCUCAUGCCCUUCGCCAACGAGUCGGGCCCCGCCUCCGGCUCCGCCCACGCCGGCGGGGACGUCAACCGGCAGAUGCUGCAGGACCUGGUCAACGCCGGCUGCGACCAGGAAAUGGCUGUGCGGGCCCUCAAACAGACAGGAAGCAGGAACAUCGAGGCAGCGCUGGAGUUCAUCAGCAAGAUGGGUUACCUGGACGCCCGCAACGAGCAGAUCGUACGUGUCAUCAAGCAGACUUCGCCUGGAAAAGGCGGCAUACCAAACUCUGUGGACCGUGGACCAGCAUUGGAGGGACCAAGCGAUGCUGCUAUGCCACCCUACCACCAGAUGGGGGCAGGGGCACCUCUGUAUGAGGGGCCUGGAUAUGGAGUUGAGGCUGCCUACAUGGGCAACCCAUAUGAUGCAACCUAUAUGAUGCCCUCUUCCUCCGCCCAAAGUGCCCCGCUGGGCAGGCCCCCGAAUAUGGGCCCCUACCCCCCUGCCAUGUCAGCUCAGAACCCCCCAGGGAACCCCAUGUUCCCACCCGCCGCCCAGCAGAAGGCGUACCCGGGCAACGUGGAGCAGGCCAUGAUGAGCUAUCCUGUACCCAGCCAGCCCCUGCAACUCCAGCCACCUCCACCAGGGGGACCCGGAGGGCCGCACUAUGACUACAGUCGAGCGCCGCACCUGAUGGAGCCGUCGGGUUACGGCGUCCAGAGGAGCUCCUCCUUCCAGAACAAGAUGGCGCCGCAGCCUGAUAACUAUGUCAACAUGCAGGGCAAAGGCCCCCUCGGGCAAAAUGGCGGCGGGUACCCCCCCAACCUGUACCUGUCACCCCACUCCCACCCCCGACAGUCCAGCCCAACCUCCCACCAGGUGCAUAUGCUCUCCCGCGCUCCUGCAGGUGCAGGAGCUAUGGGCCCCGACUUCCCUGAUAUCCCCCAAGCCCUGCUCACGCCCUCUAGGGCCAGCGUUAACCUGGACCUCUAUGAGCACCACUGGGCCCCACAGGGCCCGGUCAACCCUGAAGGGGCCCCUGCCAGGCAACCACAAGGGCCCUUCAGGGGAGAGGUCCGCAUACCCAGCAGGACCAACUCCUUCAACAACCACCAGAAGGUCAAUGUCACCGUCAGGCAAAACAUGCCCGCUGCUGUGAAGCAGGACCCUGCCCUGGGACCUCCAAACACCAUCACCGCGGUGACGUCCCCGCCCAUCCAGCAGCCCGUCAAGAGCAUACGGGUGAUGAGGCCAGAGCCCAAAACUGCCGUGGGGCCCUGUCACCCCGGCUGGCUGGCCACCCAGACGCAGGACGUGCCCGACUCCCACGCCUACGCAGCGGAUGACGCCUACGCUCUGGAACCCGGCGAGUACUGCAACCCAGAGCCGCGCUGUCCGCCCCCGCCCUACCCCAAAACCUUGCUGAUGACGGGGGCCAGUGCUGAACCCAUGCCCCUGGAGGGGAACGCCAUGUGUGCGGAGCUCCCGCCUUCCAGGCCCCUCCCCGAGGAGACCCUCGCCACGGACAAGGCCAAAGCCGGCAAAGCCGAGAAGGUCGUCAAGGACAAGAAGCAGAUCCAGACGUCCCCGGUGCCGGUGAGGAAGAACGCGCGAGAUGAGGAGAAGAGGGAGUCCCGCAUCAAGAGCUACUCGCCCUUCGCCUUCAAGUUCUACAUGGAGCAGCACGUGGAGAACAUCAUGAAGACCUACCAGCAGAAGCUGAACAGGAGGCUGCAACUGGAGCAGGAGAUGUCAAAGGCAGGGCUGUCUGAAGCCGAGCAGGAGCAGAUGAGGAAGAUGCUCUACCAGAAGGAGUCCAACUACAACCGUCUGAAGCGUGCCAAGAUGGACAAGUCCAUGUUCGUGAAGAUCAAGACGCUGGGCAUCGGGGCCUUCGGCGAGGUGUGCCUGACGCGCAAGGUGGACACGGGCGCGCUGUACGCCAUGAAGACGCUGCGCAAGAAGGACGUGCUCAACCGCAACCAGGUGGCCCACGUCAAGGCCGAGCGGGACAUCCUGGCCGAGGCCGACAACGAGUGGGUGGUGCGGCUCUACUACUCCUUCCAGGACCGCGACUGCCUGUACUUCGUCAUGGACUACAUCCCGGGCGGGGACAUGAUGAGCCUGCUCAUCCGCAUGGGCACCUUCGCCGAGGAGCUGGCCCGCUUCUACGUGGCGGAGCUCACCCUGGCCAUCGAGAGCGUCCACAGGAUGGGCUUCAUCCACCGCGACAUCAAGCCCGACAACAUCCUCAUCGACCUGGACGGACACAUCAAGCUCACCGACUUCGGCCUCUGCACAGGCUUCCGCUGGACCCACAACUCCAAGUACUACCAGAAAGGGAGCCACAUAAGGCAGGACAGCAUGGAGCCCAGUGACUUCUGGGACGACGUGUCGAACUGUCGCUGCGGUGACCGGCUGAUGACCCUGGAGCAGCGGGCGACCCGGCAGCACCAGCGCUGCCUGGCCCACUCCCUGGUGGGCACGCCCAACUACAUCGCCCCCGAGGUGCUGCUGCGCAAAGGGUACACCCAGCUGUGCGACUGGUGGAGUGUUGGGGUGAUCCUUUUCGAGAUGCUGGUUGGACAGCCCCCGUUUCUGGCCUCUACCCCAACUGAGACACAGAUUAAGGUGAUAAACUGGGAGAGCACUCUGCAGGUGCCCGCGCAGGUGCAGCUUAGCCCCGAGGCCGUGGACUUCAUCGGGCGUCUCUGCUGCUCGGCCGAGGAGAGGCUGGGGGGCAACGGGGCGGACGAGAUCAAGGCCCACCCCUUUUUCAACCAGAUGGACUUCUCCAGCAACCUGCGCACCCAGCCGGCCCCCUACCGGCCCAAGAUCAGCCACCCCAUGGACACCUCCAACUUCGACCCCGUGGCGGAGGACGGGGCGGGGGCGUGGAGCGGCAGCGGGGACAGCGCCAGGGCCUGGGACGCGCUGGGCUCCGCCCACGGCAAGCACCCCGAGCACGCCUUCUACGAGUUCACCUUCCGCAGGUUCUUCGACGACAACGGCUGCCCCUUCCGCUACCCCAAGCCCCCCGAGCCGGCCCCGUCCCCCCCCAGCAGCAGCCCCCCGGGGCCGGAGGAAGAGCAGGCCGAGGGCUGCGAGCCCGUUUACGUGUAGAGGUGCCCCGCCCAUCACCCCCAGCUCUUACUCCUAAUGAUUCAGACAUGGCCUGUGGCUCUGUGUGUGUGUGUGUGUGUGUGUGUGCGCACAUUUGUGUAAGUGUGUGUGUUUGUGUGAGUGUGUGUGUUUGUGUGAGUGUGUGUGUGCGUGUGUAUGUAUGUGUGAGAGAAUGUUUGUAUUUCCAUCUGUAUGCAGAUGCAUGGACACCCCUUUAGUCCCCCUGGCCUGGUAUGGGACCUGGCCCUCCCUUUGGUCCCUCCAAAAAAAUGCACCUGCUUCUUCCUUCACCUGGAAUGCUGAACUCUGGGAACUGGAGUCUUCCUUUACAGUCAGCCGACAAUUCAACCAUACGGUGCACAGGAGCCAACAUGAAUCAAACUGUUACUAACAAAAUCCAACGUGGGACCAAGAAACAUCUGUUCAAAGGUCUCCCAAGAGACGAGAAGGGAGAGAGAGAGAAUGUGAGCGAGGAUGAGAGAAUUUAGGUCAGAAAUUCAAUCUGAUAACAGGAGACCAAUAUCAGCAACAACAAAAAAAAAACACAGACCUCACCUUUAUGGUCAGUUUUUUGACCAGGCUUGGAUCCGACCAGACCAUUGACUGCAUUGAAAGGUUUCCAGUCUUAUUAUGUGUUUUGUUAGAGAGGCCUAUGUACGGGACACCGUAUCUGAGAGCAGUAGUGUAAUGGGGAUAACGGCAUCAGACAGACGACGGCUACAGGGCGCUGAUGUCAGAUGCGUGGAGGCCUGCUGGUGUGACAGAGCGUUUUUCGAUGGGGAGGGGCUGUGGUCUGUGUGAUGCUUCACUCUUUUGUUGUGGUCAGGCUGUCACUGGGGGGCCCUGAGGUUAAGUGAGAAAAGUACCGCUUUUUCUGCUACAGCAAAAACUGAAAUAAGCUACCGAAACUGAGCGGGGUCAUGUGACCCGGAAUAGGCCGAAAUGUUCGGGAGCGCGACGGACGCGGCCCAGCGGUGCAAGAGAACGGGCGGGACUCGCAUGUGCAGACGUAACGGCACCCGACGAUAUUAAAGCCCGUUCCCUGAGCAGAGAGAGAACAAUGUGACCUCAUCCCGUUUGCAGGACAUGAAGAACUGGCCCGGCGCUGACCCAUCCCUUCAGUGCGUGACUUUGGCAAACCAUGCUGCUGCUGUUCCGAGUGCAUCCCCUCCCAGCGUCACAUUGUUUUCACAUUGUUUCCACAUUGUUUUGACGUUUCCAUGGGAACAGUGUCUGAAUGUGAUACCAGAGAUUGGUCUCGACGGGGCUGUCAAUCUUAUCGGGAAUCUUGGGCUGUUUCGCCGUUUUUUACCCCCGUCUUUGAAGGUAUGCCAUGAAAGUCAGGAAGUGCUCAGAACUUUUUGUUUGGCCACACAAAGAGGCAAGUCCAACCAAAAAUUUACCAUGAAUUUUUCUCCCAAUUUUUUUUUCUCAGUUUCUUGACAUGAAUAAUCCCAAGGUUCUCCUUAAUUCACCUCACUGAGCACCUUGAUGUGUUGCAGGUUCUCUUGUAAGUCCAUUUUUAUUUCUGCACCAAUAUUGAUCUUUGGUUCAUAUUUAUAAAUAUAUUUCAGGGAAGUAAGAGUGUCUAUUAACGUGUCCAACUCAAAAUGGUAUUACAAGGGGAGCUACACAUUAUGUUAUUUAUCUGCGUAUCUUAGCAUGUGUCUUUCACCCGCACGAUUAACAGUGUUUUAAAAUGACACGUUCAGUCACCUGUUUAUGCAGCUCCAAGCCUAAGGGAACUGCAGUAAUAUCCCAUUUAGGAUUCAAACCCGUGACCCUAAAGCCUAAUUUAUUCCUGGUUCAGGACACUUUCUCUCAAAGUCGCGCACCUCUACAAUUACGCUAUGUUGCGAACGCCGUCAUUUUGUCGUGCAGUGCAAUUGGACAGUUUACAAAUGUAAAGAAGUGAUCAGGAGUUUGGAGUCUCGCCGAAAUAUAAAUGCCAAACUCUGUGCCACUUACCGAAGGUGUCAUGCGACAAGGUAUAGAUUAGGCUUUGGUUAGAGGGCACUGCCCUAACCACUACCCCACCGGAUGCACCUUGACAGAAGCAACCCCAACAGUAUUAUCAUCAAAAUUCAGAAAAUAUCAGAAUCCAGAUAGGUGCUCACUGAGGUGCUGAGGUUGACACUGUGGAGGACAGUUUUAAAGAAAACUCAGUGGAGAGAAAAGUAAAUGUUGAUUGCAGAGAAAAAAUGUAUGCGAUAGUAUGACAAUGUGCAAUACAGAAAAUAUGAUAUAUAGUUUUCUACAUGUUACAAAAUAUCAUUUUUAUUUACAUUUUAAUAUUGAAAUACAUUAUAUAUGAAUAUAUAUUAUUUCUGUUUAUAUCUUUUGAAUAUAUUUACAUGACCUAAUGCUGCUUAUAAUAAUAUUUGUUAUUAUUUUUUUCCUUCUAUUUUCCUUUCUUCUUAUGAAAAGCGUGGAUUUGAUUGAAAGUUUGUACGGUGUGAUGUGACGAGCUGUGUGCCAUCUAAACGAAUGUCUUGAGGGUGUAUUGGCCGCACAAAGAUCAGUGUUUCUGACUAAUGAUGAGUGAGAUGUCCCUUCUGUUCACUCACAGGCCGGUCCUGUGUGAGAGAUGGGGGGGGAGAGAGAGAGGGAGAGAGAGAGAGGGAGGGAAAUGGAGAGGGAGAGAGGAAAGCCAACAAAACCUAAUGGUACACAGAGAACAGACUACUUGGUGAUUAUGAAAAACAUCAACAGUUUACCCUUUACAAUGGAGAAGCAUGCAGCUGAAAGUUAAGGCACAUUUUAUAUUGAAGUGCUUGCAGUUGUGGGUUUCCCCUUUGGACCAUUUUUAAAGUGUUUAUGAUACAAGGUAAUGCCAAGGAAGUGCCAUGUCAGUAUUUCUGUCACCGCUUGUGAAUCAUCCCCAUUGCAUAACUGUGUGACAUCACCCUUGGGUAACAAAAGUGCUGUGACAGAGGUAUGUUGUAAAAUGAAAGAAAAGAACGGAUAGUCACCUGGUGUGUGAGCUGUUUCAGAGCAUUAAUGUGUCCUAUCGACUGAUGUUUGAAUGUCCUAUAAAUGCUGCUGUUGGAAGAUGAAGGCUGUAGAUUUAGAAUGUCGGCACAGAUUCUCUGAUAAUUGCAACUCAAGUAGCUAUGACAGUUUAUUGAAAAGAACCAUAAAUUCAAUUUAGAUCCAUCGAAUAAAACUUUUGACGUGUAUCUUCUUAAAGUACAAUGUAAAUACAAUCUGCAACAAAGACUUUUGACCAUAGAGUGUGUAUUCUGUCACAGGAAUAUAUAUAGCGCUAACACCAACAGAGAUAACCGUUAUGCAGAUGGCAGCAUUUCUGACAUGGCUGCCACAACAGUAAAGAAAAACAAUAUCUUCUUCAUUUGGACAUGGCCACUUAGCUACCUCCAGAGAUAAUUUUGUGAAACUAAAGAAUGACACAAAGUUGUAAGCAGAAGUAAAUUUUCUGUCUGUUCAAUAGCACGGCAUAAUAAAACCCAGCGGUGGGUGGAGUUGCUGCUCUGUAUGCUUGGGGAAUACACCUGCCACAGACAUAUUGCCAAGGAACAAUGUUUUGGCUGGACACAGGACCUCAUCUGCUGAGGAUGACGAUCAUUGUGGCCAGUCAGAAGUGACCCACUGUGUACCUCAGGCUUCCUCUGUCCGUCUCCAUUCGGGCGUGAACAGACAGGGUCCAUGCAUGGGCACGGGCUGAAAAUGGGAGGGGUAGAUCGGUUAAUGACAUGGCUUAACAUGGUUGAGGCAUCCCUCAACCCAGGAGACUAGAGUGUACGUCAGCUAUUAACAACGCCAACCACAGCAGGCCAGGUUAAGGACUCCUUGGAUCAAUGCAGUGGUUUCCAAAACUCUCCUCAGGUACCCCCAGCCAGAUACAGGUAUUUGAUCUGUUCCUCCUCAAGCACACCUGAUGAUAACUAAGCUCUUGACUAGUUGCAAAAGGUGUGCUUGAGGUGGAACACAUCAAAAACCUGGAUCAGGCAGGGGGACCUCAAGGAGAGGAUUGGGAACCACUGGAUCAGUGAUAUAACCCUUUUGGAAGACAGUGAAGUCCUGUUAGAGAUCUUGUCUGCCCCAGUCUACAGGGUCUGUUAACUUGUGAUAAGAACGUGUGCCAAUUCACAUUCUUCAAGAUAGAAUACUCAGUGAAAAUUAGUUUAAUGAAAAAAAAAAAGAUUUUUAUAGUCAUGUAUUUUUUAUUGUGUGUUGUGCGUCUCUUGAAUGACUUGGAAUUUGGUGUGAAAGUGCUGACAGACAAUCUUUGACUGACUUAAUACCUUAUUUAGAACUGAAUCAUUAUACUGUUUUACUAUGUGUGUAUUAUUUGUAUUUUUCCCAAUGAGGGUUUUUGUCUUAUAUGCCCCCUUCCAUGUUUAAUACAAUACUGUUGCUCUUGCGAUAUAUUUAUACAGAUACACAUAUUUUUUGUAUUUUUAUUUUCUUCAGUUCCCUCUCUGCCUUCAUUAACCUCUGUGUCUGUUGUGUAUAAACAUUAAUAAGAACCAUGUAUCUUUUUACAUUUAUGUAUGAGAUGAGUAUUUGUAAAAAAAAAACAAAAAAAAAAAACAAAAAGAAAAAACAAGGCUGACUUGUUUUAAUGUCCUGAUAUGUGUAAAAACAUAUAUAUACUGUAUGUAUAAAUUAACUUCAGUAUUA